CGUCCGUUCCUUCUCUCACCAGCAAACAUUGAAACUCGGAGAUAGAGAGAGAGAGAAGAUUUGACAAAUUUCUAUUUAGAAUAGGAUAUUACAGGAUUUCUCGUGAAGGGUUCACAAGCCCAUAAAACUAACCACCGGCUUUUACAUUCACGCAUUGGAUCCUUCCUAUUCUCUGUACUUUGCAGUAAAGUGAAGGCUGUUCACGUUCCUCACAGACCCAUUCCCCUCUCCUAAAGUUUUGGUGAUUCCUCUUCUUCUCUGAUUUUCUUCUCUCUCCUUUCUACACAAUAUUCUGUGUCAAGGAUCCUACUUUCCUGGGUUGGGAUUGAAGGCUUCUUAUAUUGCCAUCUAUUCGUCUUAGGACUUAGCUUUCUGUUUGCCUGGGUUGUAGUAACAGUGAGGCUACUACUUUGAUAAUGGAUUCUUGUUCUGCAACCUUCAAGGCCAAUGCUUCUGUUAUGCGACCUGGAAAAGGAGGUUUCAGUGAUGGACGUCAUGGUUUCUGGGGAGAGAGGAUUAGGGGAAGUCUCAAUAACGGGAUUUGGGAUUUCAAGUUGAAGAAGAGUUUGAGGACUGAAAAUGGGGGUAGAAAGAUCGAAGCUGGUGUUGCUUACUCUGUUCUUACAACCGAUGUCAACAAGGAGGUUAUGACUCAGACCUUUCAAGCACCCAUAUUUGGGAAGCCGAAAGCAGACCCCAAGAACGUAGCUUCGAUUAUAUUGGGUGGAGGGGCCGGGACUCGUCUCUUUCCUCUUACAAGCAGAAGAGCCAAGCCAGCUGUUCCUAUUGGAGGAUGUUACAGACUUAUCGAUGUCCCUAUGAGCAAUUGCAUAAACAGUGGCAUCGACAAGAUUUUUAUUCUGACCCAAUUCAACUCUGCCUCCCUUAAUCGUCACAUUGCUCGCACAUAUAAUUUUGGGAAUGGCGUGAACUUUGGGGAUGGUUUUGUUGAGGUUCUUGCCGCCACUCAAACGCCAGGAGAAACAGGAAAGAAGUGGUUUCAAGGAACAGCUGAUGCUGUCAGGCAAUUUAUGUGGGUCUUUGAGGAUGCCAAAAACAAGAAUGUUGAGAAUAUUCUGAUAUUGUCUGGUGAUCAUCUUUAUAGGACAGAUUAUAUGGACUUUGUGCAGAAGCAUAUUGACACAAAUGCAGAUAUCACAGUUUCAUGUAUUCCCAUGAAUGACAGCCGCGCAUCAGAUUAUGGGUUGAUGAAGAUCGGCAACACUGGACGUAUUAUCCAAUUUGCCGAGAAACCUAAGGGUUUUGACCUAAAAGCAAUGCAAGUUGACACUACUAUCCUUGGGUUGAAUCAACAAGAAGCCAAGGAAUCUCCCUACAUUGCAUCAAUGGGCGUCUACAUAUUUAGAACGGAGGUUUUACUUAAGCUUUUGACAUGGAAAUAUCCCAUGUGCAAUGACUUUGGAUCUGAAAUCAUUCCAUCGGCUGUGAAGGAGCACAAUGUCCAAGCAUAUUUAUUCAAUGACUAUUGGGAGGACAUUGGGACAAUCAAAUCGUUCUUUGAUGCUAACUUGGCCCUCACAGAACAGCCUCCAAAGUUUGAGUUCUAUGACCCAAAGACACCUUUCUUCACAUCUCCUCGAUUCUUGCCACCUACCAAAGUUGACAAAUGCCGGAUUUUGAAUGCAAUAAUUUCUCAUGGGUGCUUCUUGAGGGAAUGUAACGUCCAACACUCUAUAGUGGGUGUGCGCUCACGUUUAGAGUAUGGUGUUGAAUUGCAAGAUACUAUGAUGAUGGGUGCGGACUAUUACCAAACUGAAGCUGAAAUUGCAUCUUUGCUGGCAGAGGGAAAGGUUCCAAUCGGUGUUGGACAGAAUACCAAGAUUCGGAAUUGCAUAAUUGAUAAGAAUGCCAAGAUAGGAAGAGACGUGGUCAUUGCAAACAAGGAUGGUGUUCAAGAAGCAGAUAGGCCAAAUGAAGGAUUCUACAUCAGGUCUGGGAUCACUGUUAUAAUGAAGAAUGCUACCAUUGCAGAUGGCACAAUCAUUUAAAGUCUUCAACAUCCACGCGCAUUUUCUCAUAGAAGAUGAGCUUGUAGUUGAAUGGAGCUGCUGGAGGAAGCUAGGAGGUUAUCAACUUUAUGACACUUUAGAAUAAGAUGGAUGCUACACCACUCGUGUAUAUAAAGAGUCCCCUUUUUGCUAGAAGAGCCUACCAUGAGCUUAGUAGAUAGGUAACCUUCCUGAAUAAAUAUAAGGGCUGCCUGCUUUCUUUCCUUCUUUCUUUCUUUCUAUGUACAGUUCAUUUAUAUAUAGUAUGGUGCUGAAAAGCCUUUGGCCCUUAAA